UAUAUACCUUCAUCUACAAAAACUAGGGUAUAUAAAGCCCCCAAUUCUCUCCGCCCAAAAAUUCUUCACAGCGAACGUUAAACCAGAACUCAACCAUUUCCACCACCACCACACGUCACCUCUAAUUAAUCACGUGCGGAAUGGCGACGUUUGAGCUGUACCGGAGGUCGACGAUCGGGAUGUGCUUGACUGAGACUUUGGAUGAGAUGGUUCAAAACGGUACGCUUAGUCCCGAGCUGGCUAUCCAGGUUCUUGUCCAGUUCGAUAAGUCUAUGACCGAAGCACUGGAAACUCAAGUGAAGAGCAAGGUCUCCAUUAAGGGACAUCUGCACACCUAUAGGUUCUGUGACAAUGUUUGGACCUUCAUCUUGCAAGAUGCUCUGUUCAAAAACGAAGAUACUCAGGAAAAUGUUGGUCGAGUGAAAAUAGUGGCAUGCGACUCAAAGCUACUCUCACAAUGAGAUGCAGAAGAUUGGUGUGUCUGCUGGUGGUAGUGUAUGGAAGAAACUGGGAAUUAGUCUAAUUUCACGGAGGAGCUGGCAAUUAUAGGAGAUAAUUGAACAUAUAUUGUAAAGCCAUCAACCGAUACUACUGGAGUUAUUUGAUGAUACAUUGAGGCUGCUACAUGCUUAUUAGAUGAUUUUUCUUGGUUCUUCUUUUGUAUUUCAAGUAAGAUAAUGAAGAUUAGCAAAGAAUUUCCGUGACAAAAUCAUGGAGGCUAUGAAUUUAUGUUAUCAUUGGUAUUUAUUCGUGCUGAGACAGUACAUUCUGCCAAAGUCUAUGAAUUUUAGGAGGCAGUCUACUUUCUUCUAUGGGGUAAAACAGGGUAGUCAUAGAAAUAAAAAUGGUUUAUGUAUAUUGCAAUAACUCGAGAAUU